CUGGGGUUCUUUAGCCUGGAAAAGCGCAGGCUCAGGGGUGAUCUGAUGGCCACCUACAAGUUUAUCAGGGGUGACCACCAGUAUCUGGGGGAACGUUUGUUCACCAGAGCGCCCCAAGGGAUGACUACUAGGUUGAACGGUCAUAAACUACUACAAGACCGUUUCAGGCUGGACAUAAGGAAGAAUUUCUUUACUGUCCGAGCCCCCAAGGUCUGGAACAGCCUGCCACCGGAGGUGGUGCAAGCACCUACACUGAACACCUUCAAGACCAAACUGGAUGCUCAUCUUGCUGGGAUCCUGUGACCCCAGCUGACUUCCUGCCCUUUGGGCGGGGGGCUGGACUCGAUGAUCUUCCGAGGUCCCUUCCAGCCCUCAUGUCUAUGAAAUCUAUGAAACCCAGGGCUGAUGCACAGAGCCUGACCCGCAGACAGGCCUGGGUGCCAGCAGGAGUGGGAGGGCUCAGGGGUGUCACUGGGUAGUGCUGAUGGGGGGUCCGGUGGACAGAAGGUGACUGGUGUGGACCCCCAGGCCAGGCUGCCCUGUGCCCAUCCCCAGGCAUUUCUCCCUGCAAGUGCAGGUUAAUUGUGGAGAUGCAAAUGUGGGAUGGAAACAGGCAAGGGCUAAUAGGGAUCUCCUGGGGGGGGGGCUUCCCUGCUGGCUCCCGCUCUGCCCAGCUUCACCCUUCAGGGACAGGGCCAGGGCCAGGGCAAUGCAGGGAAAGGGGGGCUGAGACUUCAGGGGAGGGAGAGGCCGCAGGGUGGGGGGUUGCGGAUCAAGGAGCCUACAGAGCUACAGCCCUCUGUGAGUGGGUGGAGCGGGGGAGGCCCGCACACUGCAAGCUGCUCCCCACAUCCUGAGUGCUGAUCACCAGCCCCCCUCCACCCUCAGCGGGGCUCUAAGCCCUGUUCUCCAGGCAGAGAAACUGAGGCAGGGGGAUGGGGUUUGUCACAGCCCAGGGGGCAAAGGAGGGAGGCUGAGCAGCUCCUGGCACCCAGUCCCUGCUCACCCCCCGCCCCCGCCGCAACAUCCCCCACCGCGGACUUUGUUUCAGCUGGAUCGAUCUGUUUGCCUGGGUUGGUGCUCAACGGCCGGGCCCAGACACAACAUGACUGCCCUCCCGCUGCUGCUGCUGCUGCUGCUGGGCCCGGCAGGCACCCUCCAGGGCCGGCCCGACCACCCCGCGAAGACCAAGGACAAGGGGGCGGCGGACGGCGAGGGGUCCUGCCACUUCCCCUUCCGCUACCAGCGCCGCUUGCACCGGUCCUGCCUGCGGGGCGGCCCGCACGGGCCCCAGCCCUGGUGCGCCACCACCGGCAACUACGACCGAGACCGCAAGUGGGCGCCGUGCGGGCACCAGGAGGCUGCGACAGAGCCCUGCAAGAGGAACCCCUGCCAGAACAACGGCAGCUGCGAGACCCGCGGCGCCGGCUACCGCUGCGCCUGCCCCCCCGGCUUCCACGGCCACCACUGCCACAAAGAGAGCUGCUACGAUGCGCAGAGCCUGGCGCACUUCCAGGAGGGGCAGAAGUGGCUGCGGGUCGGGCCGGCCGGCCUGGAGGACUGUCAGUGCGCCGGGGCCGGGGUGCGCUGCCGGCCCGCCCGGGGCAAGGGUGAGGCACCGCGCGGGGGGCCGGGGCCGGCCAGGGCAGGGGCAUCCCCGGGCCGGGGGGCAGAUCCAGGCGCGGGGCUACCCAGAGGGGGCGGAGCCAGGAUGCAGGGGUGGGGCUACUACAUGGGGCAUAGUAGGGGCAGGUGCUGGCGGGGGGUCGAGGGCACUGCCCGUCGGUGCCUCAUCGUCGGCUGCGGAGCCCGGAGCCUCGCUGGCCGGCCCGGCCCGGCCCGGCCCUGACCCGCCUGCCCCGCAGCCUGCGCCGCCAACCCCUGCCUGCAUGGCGGGCGCUGCCUGGAGCUCCGCCACGAGCGCGUCUGCGGCUGCCCCGGCGGCUACGCCGGGCCGCUUUGCA